GAUACACCCCCGAAUCCCUGUCCAGAUCCAAUCGGCCUCUCCCAGGAUCGGGCCCCCUCUCCCCCGGAGCGAGGCCCCCGUGGCUACUCCUCAUCGACUCCGGUGUCUCCCGUGGGGGGGGGGCUAAUCCCAGCCCCGCAUGGAGCACCCCGAAACCCCUUGAUGCUGCCUCUCGCCCCGUCUGUCCGCGUCUUGCCCCGAGCCCCGUCUGCAGCUGUCCCAGGCCACAAGCACACGCGCUCAGCUGGUCCCUGCCCCGGGUCUGGGUCUCCCCCAGGCAGGCCCCCGACCCCCUCACACGGGCGGGGAUGCAGCCACCUCUGGGGUGUAUACGGCAGCCAAGGAGGAGGCAGGUCAGGGGCCCUGAGACUCUGGGGGGCCGAGGAGACUCGGGGCCAUAUCUCCCCUCUACCCCCCCGGGUUCCAGUGACAAGGUGAGGAUCGGCCCAGCACCACUAUGGCCCAGGUGCUGCACAUGGAUGCUGGCUUCCCAGGGAAGCCGGCACCCCCCUCCCCACCCUCCCGGGGGGGCCCAGCCCCAGCCCCUUCCCCACCCUACUCAGUGGAGACGCCAUACGGCUACCGUCUGGACCUCGACUUCCUCAAGUAUGUAGACGACAUUGAGAAGGGCCACACGCUGCGGCGCCUGCCUGUGCGCCGGCGCCCACGCUGCGCCUCAGCCUCCUGGUGGCCCUCUACCGAGUCUCUCUGCUCCACUGACAGUCUAGCCUCAGCCCUGUCCUACGGGCCCCGGGAUGCCCGGGUCGAGAGCACCCUGCUGGGUGCCCGGCGCAAGCUGGAGGGGCAGGCGGGGCCCAGCGGGCUCCGGAACUCCCGCCUCUCCCUGGCUGGCUCUGGGCUGUCCACACCUGCAACGCCCACGCCUGGCCACCUCCAGCACGUCAGGGAGCAGAUGGCAGGUGCUUUGCGGCAGCUGCGGCAGCUGGAGGAGCAGGUGAAGCUCAUUCCAGUGCUCCAGGUGAAGGUGGCUGUGCUCCAGGAGGAGAAGAGGCAGCUCAGCACCCGGCUCCAGAGCCGCCGGGGCUUGGGGCAGCCCGUGGGGGGCCCCGGGGAGCUCUACCUGGACCUACCUGAGGAGGAGAUGGCAGCCAGAGGCACCCGGGAGCUGCGGUCUGUGGCUGUGGGCACAGAGGGGGGCACCAGCGGUCAGCGUAGCGUGGGUGUGGGUGUGCCAGAGCCGGAGAUGAUGGAGCUGGGGGCUGGAGCUGGGGAAGGAGACACGGUGCGGGCACUGUCGGCACGGGUGGCCUUGCUGGAGAGGCAGCUACAGAAGGCUCUGGGGGAGCUGCAAGAUGCCCGGCAGCGGCUGGGGCAGGGGGCAGGUGCCAGGGGGCAGGCAGUGGGGCCUGAGGGACAGGUGCCAGGGGUAGGGGGGCAGGUGGAAGAAACCAGGAGAAAGGUGCUCGGGGUGGGAGAGCAGACACCAGGGCCUGGAGGGCAGAGGCUGGGGACACAGGGGCAGAUGGCAGGGCCUGGGGGGCAGCUGGGAAGCACUGGAGGGCAGAUGCAGGGGGAACAGGGGCAGGUGGGGAGUGCUGGGGACCAGGCACAGGGUGCAGGGGAGCGGGCGGAGGUGGUCAGGGUGGUCCAGGUGCCACGGGGCCCCGAGAUCGCAGCCAGUACAGCCGCUGGCCCAGCUGCUCAGCCCCAGCAUGCCCGUGGCCUCGAGCCCCGUGAUGGCCCUGACCUGCUGGAGAUGGCACUGCCCCGUCUGGUGCUCGCCCCGGCCCACGGCCAUGCCCAUGGCGCCCACAAGAUCAGCAUCAUUGAGACAGGUGCAGCUCAAGCUGAGGCCCGAGCCAGUGCCAGGACUAUAGGCGAGGACCCAGAGCCCCCAGGGGGGUCAAGCUACCACCUUGGGGGCAUCAACGGCGGGUACGAGUCGGCAUCCUCGGACUCCAGCACAGCUGAGAACUCGGAGGCCGAGAGCACAGAGAGUGAGUACCACGAGGCCAGUGAGGGGCUCCCGGCAGGGGGGGCUGAGACCCCCAAGGCCACUGAGGAGGAAGCAGCAGCAGGGGCGGCGCUCAGCACCACACAAGGCAGCAAUGAUGGGCUGGGGCUUGGGCAGGAGCUGCUCUCAGCCUGCACCAUCCUGAAGAGGUACCUGGAGACCCCCAAUGCCUCCAUGGAUACCAAGACGAGGGAUGCCUAUGGGGUGGUGCAGCAGGACUGGCUGGGGCUGGCGUGCGGACAGGCAGUUGAGGCCACAGCCGUGUCCCAGCGCCUGGACACUUACCGCGCCUUCUCACCUCGGGUCCUUGCCACUGCCCUCAACAUGACUGAUGGGCAUGGGAACACAGCGCUGCACCAUGCUGUCUCCUGCUCCAACUUCCCCCUGGUGCGGCGUCUCCUUGACACUGGCCUGUGCGAUGUGGAUAAGCCAAACCAGGCUGGCUACACGGCGCUGAUGCUGACGGCACUGGCAGCUGCCUACCCUGAUGCUGACCGUGCUACUGUCCUGCAGCUGCUCCGUGCCGGGAAUGUGGAUGCCCGUGCCACGCAGGCGGGGCAGACGGCGCUGAUGCUGGCUGUCAGCCAUGGACGCCAGGAUGUGGCCAGAGUGCUGCUGGCCUGUGGGGCCAACGUGAACCUGCAGGAUGCUGAUGGCUCCACAGCGCUGAUGUGCGCGUGCGAGCAUGGCCAUGCUGCCAUCGCCCACCUACUGCUGGCUGCCCCUGCCUGCCGCGUGGAUCUGGCUGACAAUGACGGUAGCACUGCCCUGUCCAUAGCGCAGGAGGCCGGACAGACGGACAUUGUCAACAUGAUCGAAGCCUGCCUUGGUGCUCCUGCCCUGGGGAACCCCCUGCCAGUGACCACUGAGACGGCAGUCACCACAGAGGCUCCUGGAGAUACCCAGUAGCAGCUGGACCCAUCAUCAGCACCCCCUCCCCACUCCCCCCACCCUCUGCUGAGGGCAAUAUGCCCACAGGCCAUAGGCAGCUUCAGAUCUAGACCCAUAUGGGGAGUGACCCCCUGCUCCCAGCCCCUGCAAAGGAGGGGCGGGGGCUGGGAAGACUUGAGGGGUUUCCCAUCCCUGCAGCCCCCAGAGCUCUGUAAAACAAAGAGGGGUGACCCCCUAGCUCUCCGUCCAUGCCCCCUAGCCCUGCUCACGCUGUGCCUCAGUUUUUCCUCUUUGAAAGGAGGAUGACAACAGCCUUCCGUGCCUUGGGACCAGUUGUGGGGGGAGGUGUCCCCCUCACCCCUUUGGUACAAUUCCCUCCCUGGCUCUGUAGUUGUGAGCUCACUGCUUCCCCCUGGCCCUCCUCCCCCCAAACCCUCACAUUGCCCUGUCUCCCCCUGCCCCGCCCCGCCUGCUGUCUAUCUACUCGAGGAACCAGAGCAAGUACAGAAUAAACCAAGAAGCCAGCAUACCCGGGCUGUGGCUCUGCAGGAUGU